UUUAGUUUUGGAUAAAUUAGUUUAGUCUGCGCAUUUAAGAGACAACUUUUUCUCUAAUAGAAAAAAAGUUUUACAUGCAAACUGAAAUUUUCUUGAAAAUUAACUGGGCAAGAGUCCUAACAAGUAUCGGAUGGUAUGAAAAAAAAAUUAUAGUCUGAAACUUAAUAAAAAAAAACUUAACACAAACAGAAAACCCAAAAAUGCUAAAAUUACGUCAUAACUUUAGUUCCGCCAAAUCCGGUAAUAGGAAUGCUCAAAUAUAAAAUAGAAAUAUUAAAUGAUUUUUGUAUUUCGAUAUAUGCGCCAACUCUUAAACGACUGUAAAACUACCUUGCGGUUAUCUAAUUAAAUCCACCAAAUCCGAUAAUAAAAACAGCUCAAUUAAUAGAUUUAAAAAUCAUCUGAUUUUUGCAUUAUGAUAUGUGCGCCAACUGUACUCUAAAACCACUAAAACUUGGCCAUGCUUUCUCUCAUUCAAAUCGAUUAUACAACAAGGAACUGCAAACUAAAAUACAGCAAAGAACUACAAGUAAGUUUCAUCUCUAUCGUUUACAAGUUUACUUAUUUUAAUCAUCCAUUUAAAAAAUUAAUCUUAAUUCGGAACUAAUAAAGUUAUUAUGCUUUUGACACAAGAAUAAACAUUAAGAUUAUAUUUUAGAAAUGAGCAGCCAAAAUACAGAAGGCGACGAAGAAGUUUCAGAAUUUUUUAGAAAUGUUCAAGAGAUAAGUGAAAAAGAAUUAUCCUCAUCGGAAGUAAUGGACAAACUAAAAACCUUGGAAGAUUCAGUUGGUCUUAUAUUACAACAACUUAAAAAAUUAGAAAAAUCAAACGAAGCACCAACAGGAUCAAUAUCAACAGCACCCCUGGCAAAUAUUUCAGAAGCACCAACGGGAUCUGCAUCAAAAGCACCAUUGGCAGUUGUGUCAGCAGCACCCCUGGCAAAUAUUUCAGAAGCACCAACAGGAUCUGCAUCAAAAGCACCAUUGGCAGUUGUGUCAGCACCCCUUGCAGUUAUUUCAGAAGCACCAUUGGCAUCAGUGUCAGCAACACAUUCUUCAGUUGCAACAGCAUCUUGGGAGAGUUUCCUUUUAUAUCGCUCCCAGCACCCAGGCCCAUUUUCACAGAGGGCCUUCUUCCGGUGGUGCCAAUAUGGGGGAGAUGAUCCCUCCUUUAGAUGGAGGAGACAGACCCCAUAUGGGGCCACCGUGAGUAAUUACCUUGGAGAAAUGAACCAUAUUUGUCAAUAUUGUGGUGCCAAAAAAUUUUUAAAUGAAACACAUUUUCUGUGCUGCCAUUCUGGAAAAGUUGCGUUAGCUCCACUUUCGCCAUAUCCACUGCUCAUGCACAAUUUAAUGACAGGCAACCAUGUUGAUCGUGCUAUGAAUCAAAAUUUCUUCAAGCAUAUUCGAAGUUAUAAUGCCUUUUUAUCUUUUGCUUCAUUCACAGCAAGAAUAGCUCCUCCGUCUGAUCAUGGGCCACCCUGUUUUAGGAUUUGCGGACAAAUUGUGCAUCGUGUUGGUAAUCUGAGACCUGAUCAAAAUGUUCUGCCUGCAUAUUGUCAGUUAUAUGUUUAUGAUCCUAAUACUGCUUUAAAUUUUCGAAUGGAGCAAAAUGAUUGUUGCAUACGUGAGUUGAUGGAAUUUUUGCAGACUAUAAUUAGUCAAGAGAACCCAUUUGCUCUUGCAUUUAAAAACAUGGCUGAAAUUGAAGAUGAAGAAGUACGUCAAGCAGCUUUAGAAGGUCGACCAACUUCGAUUGUUAAAAUGUCAUUGCUUGAAGGUGGUGAUAGACGUCGAUACAAUCUUCCUUCACAUGAGGAAGUUGCCAUUGUUUUUGUUGGGGAUGAUGGUGCUCCACCUCCAUCUAGGGAAGUAGUUAUAUACCCUCGAGGUCAGGCCUUAAAAACAAUUUCAAGUAUGUCUGCAAAUCUAGAUCCAAUGAUAUAUCCAAUAUUUUUUCCAAGAGGUGAUGCUGGAUGGCAUGAGCAACUAGAGCAUCAUCCUGACCGAGCUACACGUGUUAGAAAUCGGUAUGCUGUUGAUGCAUAUGUCAAGAUUGAAGGUCAGCGCCUUGCUUUUAUUAGAAAUAACCAAAACAGACUUAGAAGUGAACAAUAUGAUACAUUAUAUGAACAUGUAAAUAACGCUGCAAAUAACCUUAAUGUAAGACCAGGUCGUGUUGUUAUACUACCAUCCUCAUAUGUUGGAAGUCCAAGAGCUUUAAAAGAAAAUUUUGAAGAUGCAAUGGCAAUUAUAAAGAGAUAUGGCAAACCAGAUCUUUUUAUUACUUUUACCUGCAAUCCAAAAUGGAAAGAAAUUACAGAAAAUUUAAAUCCAGGUGAGAGCCCAUCUGACAGACCUGAUUUAGUUUGUCGUGUAUUUAAGAUGAAACUUAAAUGCUUCCUAGAUGAUAUUUUUAAACACGGAGUCUUAGGUAAAGUUAUAAGUCAUGUACAGGUUAUUGAGUUUCAAAAACGUGGUUUGCCACAUGUACAUAUUUUAUUGCACUUUGUAAAUGAUGAUAAGCUAGAAACAGCAGAGGAUAUUGAUAGUCUAAUAUCAGCUGAAAUUCCAGAUCAAACUGUUGAUCCUGAACUUUUUGAAAUUAUAAAAACAUGUAUGAUUCACGGACCAUGUGGAAUUUUGAAUCCCAAUUCUUCUUGCAUGAAAGAUGGGAUUUGCACAAAAAAGUUUCCUAAAGAAUUUAAUCCUCACACUGAUGCAACUUUCAAUGGCUAUCCUCACUACAGGCGUUUAGAUAAUGGUAGAGUAGUCGUUAUAAAAGGUAACCAAGUUGAUAAUCGAUGGGUUGUACCCUACAACCCUUGGUUAUCUAAAAAAUACCAAGCACAUAUUAAUGUUGAAGCUUGCAUGUCUAUUAAGUCAGUUAAGUAUUUAUAUAAAUAUGUCUAUAAAGGGCAUGAUUGUGCUCAUGUGUUAAUUAAUGAAAGUCUUGACCAUGAUGAAAUUAACACAUAUUUAGAUUGUCGCUUUGUUUCUGCACCAGAGGCUCUUUGGCGAAUAUUUGAGUAUUCCAUAAGUGAUAUGUCACAUACUAUUAUCCGCCUUCAAGUCCACCUUCCUGAUAAUCAGAGGGUAUAUUUUAACGAAGGAGAAGAACGAGUAGCUAUAGAUCGUGCUGCACAGCGUGACACUCACCUAACCGCUUGGUUUAAAUUAAAUGCUGAGAUAAAUGAAGCACGUCAGUAUUCUUAUGUUGAAAUUCCAUAUCACUUUGUUUUUGAUGGUAAAAAUUGCAAGUGGAAAGUAAGACAAAGAGGCAGUGAUAAGGUGAUUGUGCGAAUGUAUAAAGUCAAUCUAACCAGUGAAGUAUUUUUUCUUAGAUUGUUGCUUUUGCAUGUAAAAGGUGCAAUGUCUUUUGAGAAUUUGCGUACUAUUCAUGGCACUGUUUUUAAUACAUUUCGUGAAGCAUGUUAUCGAUUAGGUCUAUUGCAAGAUGACAUUGAAUGGAGAAAUACAUUAACUGAAGCUGUAGCAACUCGAAUGCCUAAACAAAUUAGGCAACUGUUUUCCAUUAUAUUGACUUUAUGUGAACCUGAUGAUCAUUUACACCUUUGGAAUACAUUUAAAGAUUAUAUGAUUGAGGAUUACAUACACCAUUCAAUGCCAGUUGUACUUGCUGAACAGACUGCUCUUCGUCAAAUUGAAUCUAUAAUUAAUCAGAGUGGUAAAACUUUAACUGAUUAUAAUUUGCCUACAUUAGAUCAGUUAUUAGAUAAUGUCCUAGAAAAUGAUGAUGGAGAUAUUCAGGUAUUUAUUGAUGAAGCAAAUCGAGUUAGACCAUUAUUAAACGAUAAUCAGCGUAAUGUAGCUGAUGCAAUCCUUGCUGCACUUAGUGAAGAACCUAAUAAUGAAAAUAAGCAUUCAAGAUUUUUCUUUAUGGAUAGGCCUGCCGGUUGUGGUAAAACAUUUACUUACAAUUAUUUAAUUGCUGAAACACGCAGCAGGCAUAUUAGAACUGCAACAGCUGCAUGGACAGGAAUAGCUGCAACUCUUCUUAAGAAUGGAUGCACAUUGCACGGCUUAUUCAAACUUCCUGUUCCAAUUUUGGAAACUAGCACAUGUAAUGUAACUCCAAACUCCAUUCAUGGUAGAUUCCUGAGGCAAGUUAGUUUAUAUUUACUCGAUGAAGCAUCUAUGAUACCCAAACAUGCUUUGAGUGCCAUUGAUAAGUUAUUACAAGAUAUUUGUAAUAAUAAGUUUCCUUUUGGUGGUAAAGUUAUUCUUAUGGGUGGAGAUUUUCGACAAAUACUUCCAGUUGUGAAGAGAGGUCGACCAGCAGAUGUUGUAGAAUCAUGUAUAAAGUGUUCUGAACAUUGGCAAUAUGUGCAAAGGUUUUCAUUAACUGAAAAUAUGAGGGUUCAGAUAGGAGAAGAGGAAUUUUCUCAAUGGCUUUUAAAGCUUGGAAGUGGAACAUUACCUGUCAAGCCUGAAGAUCCUUUGCAAGGGUGUAUUGAAAUACCUGAGCAGUGUUUUCUCAAUGAUAAUGAAUCUAUUGUGGAAAAGAUUUUUGGUGGUGCAGAAGAAGCUGAUUAUGCAAAACGUGCUAUUUUAACACCAACAAAUGUUGAUUCAUUGGCAAUAAAUGAAGAAGUCCUUCAUCGAUUACCGGGUGAUGUUAAAACUUAUUUAAGUUCAGAUAGCAUUGAAACUGAUGAUCAUAAUGAAAUUUAUAAUUUUCCAGUUGAGUUUUUAAAUACUUUGACUCCAUCAGGUAUGCCUGUUCAUUGCCUAAAGUUGAAAAUUGGUGCUGUUAUAAUGCUACUUAGAAAUUUAGAUCUCAAAGGUGGACUUUGUAAUGGAACACGUUUGAUAGUGCGUGCACUACACAACAAUUACAUUGAUGGUGAGGUUCUAACAGGUGUAUCAGCUGGUAACACGGUAUUUGUUCCUCGAGUUCAAUUAGCUCCAUCAGAUUCAAAUUUACCUUUUACACUUAAACGUCGUCAAUUUCCAGUUAGUGGUGUUACUUGGCAACGUGUAGUGCAAGAUUGUGAUCCUUGCCAGCCAAGUGGUGUUACUAAUUAG